UAAUGUAUAUAAACGAUGGUUAUGCUGACAGCUGAGCUGGUUCGCUGUGCUAGGAGUGUCACCAGUGACAACAGUGUGACCGCAGUGCCAGUAUUGUGAGAGCUGUACCGGUUGUGUAAUGUGGUGUUGAGUAGUAGUAGUGACCUGGACAGCGCCUCCAGAGGAUCACUGAAAAGCUAGACAAAUUACUUCCCUUCAGCUGCCUCGUGCCAUACAAGAAAAACAAAAAUAAGGUGAUUGUCAGAGAAGAAUUGUGUGUUGUAAGAACAAGAAGAACUUGCCACUGACAAUUCUGUGACUCGCAUCAUCCAGAAAUAAACUUUUCACGACUAUUGUUUUAAGUAAAAGAAGCGAGACCAAGCUUCUGGCAAGGUAACAAAAGACUUUCAUUUUUGCUGGUGGAAAGGUCACUAACUUUUGUUUCAUAGAGAGGCUGCAUCAUCAUCAACAGCUAAUACCAUGGAUCAGCCGACAGAACUCUCUGCCAUGACCCAAGGCUUUCCUAUGGACGUGAGUGAGUUGCCAGAAAUCGAUAGCCUGGAAAAUCUCACGCUCUCAGACUUCGGCAACCUAACCAAGUUACCCAUCAACAUUUCCUGGCUCUUCAACAUCUCUGGAAGCAUUGACGAAGAUGUCUUGGAGAAGUUCCAGCGCAACAGACGAGUCAACGAUGGAGCAUACUACGCUCUCAUCGUAGCCUACAGCCUCCUCAUCAUCUUGGGUUCAACGGGCAACUCCCUGGUAGUAAUGGCGGUCAUCAGAAAGCCGGCGAUGAGGACGGCACGCAAUGUUUUUAUUAUCAAUCUGGCUAUUUCAGACCUACUGCUGUGUCUGGUGACGAUGCCACUGACGCUAGUGGAGCUCUUCUCGCAGUACUGGCCCCUUGGAGACCAUCCAUUCCUCUGCAAGCUGGUGGGGCCGCUGCAAGCCACCUCCAUCUUCGUCUCCACCAUCUCCAUCACCGCCAUCGCCCUCGACAGGUACCAGGUGAUUGUGUACCCGACGAAAGAGUCGCUGAAGACGGUGGGCGCCGUGCUGAUGCUGCUGCUCAUAUGGGUGAUCUCCUUCAUGCUGGCGCUGCCCAACUUCAUCUGGCGCACGCUGAAGCAUCACGAGGUCAACCUGCCCAACCUGUGCUCCGUCAACUUCUGCUUCGAAGACUGGCCCACGGAGCACGGCCGCGGCUACUACAGCGUUUUCGUCAUCCUGGUGCAGUACUGCCUCCCCAUCAUCACCGUCAGCAUCUCCUAUGCUAUGAUCUGCCGGAAGCUGAAGAGGCGCAUGGCCAACAGCGCCGUCAGGUCGUCCAAGAAGGGAGAGCAGGAUGGGAGGAGGAUAAAGAAGACCAAUACCCUUCUUAUCACCAUUGCCCUCAUCUUCUGCCUCUCGUGGCUUCCACUCAACCUCUACAACCUCGUCGUCGACUUUUACAACCCCUUCGGCAACGAGAUGGAGACGAUGCUCAUCGUCUACGCUAUCUGUCACAUGAUGGGCAUGUCGUCGGCCUGUUCUAACCCCCUCAUGUACGGUUGGCUCAACGAUAAUUUCCGCAAAGAGUUUCACGAAAUCUUCAGUAUAGUGCUGCCCUGCAGGGAGCCACAUCAACGAGGCAGACCAGGGCAGUGUAGACCCAAUGAGAGACUCCUCGCAAAGCCCUCCAAAUCGCCGCCAAAACCUCAGUCAAAGGAGGAGCGGCCGAUGGUACUCUACACAAAGGCCAAGGAAACGACACAGGUCAACGGAACCUGCGCCAGUGACCAAGGCGAAGUUACUUACAUCACCCAAGUCGUCACCAACGCCACCCUGUAGUCAGG